AUGAGGACAAUGCCACCAGGUCGCGAUGAUAUUAAUGGCUCGCCCCGGGAUAUAUAUACUGGGGUUCUCCCUGUAAUACCAUCCGAUUUAGGUUCAGAUAAUCCAUCGCGCAAUAAUGCUGCAACUGCCGCGUCCGCCGCCGGUGUUCGGGCCUUGAGUGCUCAGGCCAUCGCUUUUUACUUCAGGGCUCCUGUUAAGGCUUUCUUCCGGACACGGGUUGACUACCUUGCAUAUGCCCGGAGUGUGCAUCAAACUCAGACGGAGUUACUAGCCCGUGCUGCUGCUAAUAGCCAAACUGCUUCGAGAGUAGGCUUCACCUUCAAACAAGCAUGGAUGUGGGCACGAGGUACUACCCCGGGCUUACUCGCGUCCGUCAUUCAGCAGCACGGAUGGAGCGUCGUACCACAGCAGAUUCUCCCGCCUCUUAUGGCAAAUGUUGGAGUUGGCGCUGUACUAUAUACCAGCUAUUUACAUAUCUUAGCUCAGCUACAUGAGGAGACAUCGAGGGCGCCGAAGAGGAUAUUUCCUCCGCCAGACCCGAUCCAUACCUUCACUGCAGGAUUCAUAGCCGGAAGCAUCCAAAGCGUUGUUGCAGCACCACUUGAUGCUAUACAGGCGAGAUAUGACCACCGUGAUCUCAUUUCCGGUAAUGAGAACGGGAAACCGAGGAGCAUGUGGGCCUUCUCAGCAGAAAAGCUUCGGGAAAUAGGACUGCGAGGGAUAUUUGCAGGAUGGGGACUAUCUUUCUUAAAAGAUAGUUUCGGAAGUGCGGUUUUCUUUAGCACUUUCGAGUUUGUGAAGGCCCAAGGUUUUUAUCGGUUCAUCACAUGGUAUUAUGGUGGACUGCAGCCUGAUGUUGUUGAUGUGUUGGCCCAAAAGAGACCACCCACCCACAAGAGCUCAAAUGACAAUACUACGAAAGAUGGUAGCCGCCCAGUUGUAAUACGUCCGCACUACGCAAUUGAACCGAUGUUCCUGUUAUUCGCUGGCUUCACGGCCUCACUCACCCAACAGCUAAUUCUUCACCCAUUAAAUCAUAUUCAAGUUGAACAUUGGGAUCAUCUAGAAGAUCUCGACGCUAAAGCAGCGAAGUUGAGAAACUCGGCAGCAGCGAAUCCUGAUAAGCCAAGGCGUAGAUGGCGCAUGCUCCGAGCUUAUUAUCACGCCUACCAAGAGACUUGGACUAAGUGCACCGCCGAAGCAACCUCGGAAGGGAAAGGUCUGACACGGUGGUUAUAUCGCGGAUUUUGGUGGAAUACUAUUCGACAGGUGCCAAGUACCAGUGCUGGUUUAAUAAUCUUCGAGCUUGUCCGACGUAAAUAUGGAAGCGGAAAUGAGCCUGUGCGAGUUGCAAAGGACGAUUAUGAAAUUCUCCUAGAGUAG